AUGGAGGAUUAUCUGGAUUUGCUUUGGUUCCAAGCACGAACAUACAUUGUAGUGGGAAGUAACUGCCAGAACACCACUCAACAACGUCUUAGCAAUGUUUACCAAACAAAUCUUGAGAAGAUUCUGACAUGGGCAUCCUCAGAUGCAGCCAUAAGCAAAGGUUAUAACUCCAAAAGCAUAUCCAACAGCAGUCCUUUGUAUGCCCACUAUGAUUGUCGUGGUGAUGUGGUUGGAUACUUUUGUCAAUUCUGUGUCUCUAAUGCGGCCAGAGAAGUUCCUCAGCGCUGCCCCAAUAGGGUCUCUGCUAUGGUUUGGUAUGAUUUCUGCAUUCUAAGGUACUCCAAUGAGAACUUCUUUGGGACAAUUUUAACAAACCCAUCAUGGCAUGCUCUUGGAGAGAAAAACAUAUCCAACAUGAAAGAUAUUCUGAAAGGUGUGGAUUUUUUGAGAAGCUUGAUCAGAAAAGCAACUGUGGAGACCCACAAGUUGUGGUACAUGGAUGGCUUCAAUUUGAGUUCCACUCAGAAAAGGUACGGGUUCGUGCAAUGCUCUAGAGAUCUCACAAAUGAUGGGUGCAUAGAGUGUUUGGAGGCCAUGUUAGCGGAAGUUCCCAAAUUUUGUGAACAAAAAUUAGGCUGUUUCAUUUGGUCUGGAACUUAUGGGCUUAGUCUAUCAUCAUUUCAUAAAAUUCAGACGGAGGAAACAUUGAACACUGACCUGCCUAUAAUCCCAUUAAUCACAAUUCUACAGAGUACUGAUAACUUUUCAGAAGCAUAUAAAUUGGGGGAAGGUGGAUUUGGCUCCGUUUACAAGGGAAUUCUACCAGAUGGAAGACAAGUUGCAGUCAAAAGGCUGUCAAAAUUUUCUGGUCAAGGCUCAGAGGAGUUCAAUAAUGAAGUAAUGUUUAUAGCUAAAUUGCAACAUCGCAACCUUGCUUGGAGAAUAUGGUGUGAAGGAAAAUGUUUGGAGUUGAUGGAUCCAAUUCUGGAAAAAUCCUUCAAAGCCAGUGAAGUUGAGAAGUGCAUACACAUUGCUUUGUUGUGUGUUCAAGAAAAUGCAACAGAUAGACCAACCAUGUCCGAUGUGGUGGUAAUGCUAGGGAGUGACAAAAUGGACCUUCCAAAAGCCAAGCACCCUGCAUUUUCAAUUGGAAAAAAGGCCUCAAAGGAAGUAACUACAUCAAAAAGAUUCAAGAAUCUUUUCAAUAAUGAUGUAACAAUCUCUAUUACUUUACCGAGUUCAAUGUGUGUUCCAAUAAGUGCUCUUGGAACUACUUCUUCGUAUAUAUAUGCUUGUGAAUGA